AUGGGACAUCACUCUUGCUGCAACAAACAGAAAGUGAAAAGAGGCUUAUGGUCUCCUGAAGAAGAUGAAAAACUCAUCAACUACAUCACUACUUAUGGACAUGGCUGUUGGAGUUCUGUGCCUAAGCUUGCAGGUUUGCAAAGAUGUGGAAAAAGUUGCAGGUUGAGAUGGAUUAAUUAUUUAAGACCUGAUUUGAAACGUGGAAGCUUUUCUCCUCAAGAAGCUGCUCUUAUUAUUGAACUUCAUACCAUUCUUGGCAACAGGUGGGCACAGAUAGCAAAACAUUUACCAGGAAGAACUGAUAAUGAAGUGAAGAACUUUUGGAAUUCAAGCAUAAAGAAGAAACUACUUUCACAUGAUUUUGUUCCUUCUUUAACUACAUUUUCUGAUCAUAUUCACUGUCCUAGAAAUGAAACUUUCUUCCCUUUGUUAAAUGACAAUCCUAUCCUUAACAACUCUCAUCAUCAAUAUCACUUAGAUCAUCAUCUAUACUUUCCCAUCAAUCUUCCAUCUCCAAUCCUACAAGAUCAAAACGAUCGUAUCAAGAAUAUUGAUGAUAUCAACAACGUUUUGAAUGCCAAUUUUCAUUCUCCAACUUUGCCAGAAACACUACCUUCUUCCAAUAAUCUUAUUUCAUCUUCUUAUGACCAUUUUGAUACAUGGUCAUUCAUUCAUCAUCUCAAUCCAAAUAUUCAACAAAACAUUAAUAUUGUUGAGAGUUUUAUCAAUAAUAAUAAUAAUCCAAACACAGUUUGGCAACAACAACCGCACCAACAACACUACGACAUUAGUACUCAUCAUUUGGUGGAACUUGAUAAUCCUAUUGUGCCAAAAGUUUGUGAAAUCGAAACCAUUAAGGAUGAUUUUGUUUCUAGCAUCCCAUUUUCUUCUUCUGAUUCACAACAUCAUCAUCAUCAUGAUCUCAUCAAUCAAAUUAUGGCCGCAGAAGCCAAUAAUAUUGUUCAAGCUGUGGAGUAUAAUAAUAUCAUGGAUGCUCUCAUCAUGUCAUCAUCAUUACCAUCCUCAACAACAACAACAACAACAACAACAACAACAUCUUCAUCACCACCACCACUAUCAUUCUAUCAAGCACCAGAAAAAAUUCUCACAAAACCUAUCCUUCCUUCAACUUGGGAGUCAUCAUCAUCAUGA